AUGACUCCAAAAUAUACAAUGUUUGGACAAUUCUCAAUCAAGUCAAAUGUCUUUAGUUUUGGUGUGUUGAUUUUGGAGAUUGUGAGUGGCCAAAAGAUUACUUCUUUUUAUAAUGGGGAGAAUGUGGAGUACCUUCUUAACUAUGCAUGGAAAAAUUGGAGAGAGGGAACAAUUUCUAAUCUCAUAGAUCCCACAUUGUGCGAUAGUCCAAUAACUGAAAUGUUGAGAUGUACACACAUUGGGCUACUAUGUGUUCAAGAAGAUGUAGAUGACAGAACAAACAUGGCUUCAGUUGGUGUCAUGAUGAAUAGCAAUUCUAUUGCUCUCCCUCUACCGACACAACCUGCAAGUUUCAUGCGGACAAAUGUUAUACCAGCCACAUUAUUGCAACAAGACAAUGGUUCCAACAUAACUAACAACAAGGUUUCAAUUACUGAGUUAUAUCCUAAAUAA